AUGGUCAUACCAGGCCCCAUAACCGCCCGUUUCACGAACCUGUAUCGAGCUUACCUCGUAUACCGCCGCUCACCACACGAAGUUCACCUGGCCUUGCACAAAAAACAUGGCCCACUUGUCCGCAUCGGACCAAACGUGGUAUCGGUAUCUGGAUCGGCUCGCUACAUCCCACAGAUCUAUGGCAUCGGAAAAGGGCUGAUCAAGUCCGACUUCUACAGUUGUUUCCAGAACAUCGUCAACGGUCGGCGAGCGGCGAGUCUUGUGGCUUUAACAGAUGAAUCGGAGCAUGCGAAGUCGAAACGACUGAUCGCUCACGCUUACAGUCUGAGUACUCUUGUUGAAUACGAGGGCCUGGUCGAUAGUACGGUCGACGUGUUCUUGGCGACGCUUGAAGCGAGAUUUAUUGCCGGGAAAGGCACCGAUAAAGCUCCAAUCCUCGACCUCGGCCGCUGGCUCCAGUACUUCGCCUUCGACGUGAUCGGCGAACUGACGUUUUCUCGACGCCUGGGUUUCAUCGAGUCCGGAGAAGACGUGAACAGCAUCAUCUCCGCAAUCGGUGCCAACUUCGAGUAUUUCAGCGUGCUGGGCCAGAUCCCGUGGAUGGACGAGGCCAUCUUAGGCAAGAACCCCAUCUAUAUCAAGUACUUCCGCAAGGGCAUCAGCUCGCCCAUUCUGCAGUUCGCACAAUCUCUCCUCAAGGAGCGGUUGCAGCAAAUGGACGAAGGCGGAAAGGAUGAAAUUUCUUCCUCGUUGGAGAAACCGGAUUUUCUCAGCCGAUUCUUGAAGAUACGGCAGGAGCAGGCGGAUGGCGAGACACCCAUGACUGAUGGACAUUUGAUGUCCAACCUGUUUCUGAACAUCAACGCGGGCAGCGAUACAGUGGCCUCGACUCUACGAGCGAUCAUCUACCACACUUUGCGAACCCCCGGGUCGCUGGAGAAGCUCAUCUCAGAGCUCACCACGGCCGCCGACGAAGGGACAAUCUCAACUCCCUCGCCAACAUGGCAUGAAACACAGCAUCACCUCCCAUAUCUCUGCGCUGUGGUCAAGGAAGGUCUACGCAUGAACCCGGCUCUCUCCUUACCACUCGAGCGCGUCGUCCCACCAGAAGGUCUCAAUCUCAGCCACGACGACGGAACCUCCACAUUCCUUCCGCCGGGCACCAUCGUCGGCAUCAACCCGUGGGUCUUGCAUCGUUCACCUGGCGUGUUUGGCUUCGAGGACGAUGUCGAGCAGUGGAAUCCCGAUCGCUGGCUUACGGAGCACGAGCAGCAGACGAAAUCUAUGGAACAUGCGCUGCUCGCGUUCGGAGCGGGUAAGAGAAGCUGUCUGGGGAAGAAUAUCGCCAUGUUGGAAUUGCAUAAGAUUGUUGCAGCGCUGUUCCUAAAGUUUGAGGUUGAGCUUGAUGAUCCCCAGAGGGAGUGGGUCGUGAGUAAUGCGUGGGCAUUGAAUCAGACAGGACUACUGGUGAAGCUUAAAUCGAGGUGA